ACAAAUGGCAGCGUCCUUGUUUUGUUUGGAUCGGCACCAAAGAUAUGGUUGAGACGCCGAGCCGUAGCACUAGCUGUCUCGGUAGCAUAGAAAAUAUUGCUUAGACAACGUAGCUGAGAUGGGUUCAAUGCUAAAUAUUACUUUCAUGUUAUUAUUUGUUAGUAUUGGUUAUAUCACUAGUCAAGAAGAAACAAACGUCAUAAAACAUACAGACUUGAGCCGGGAGUCAACGCUAGUAUGGGGUCCAGGUCUUUGUACCGACUUUGUUGUCCCAGCAAGAUAUUUCUACAUACAAGCUGUCGAUAUAAACCAGCAAAACUUUUCUGAGUCCCUUGGAGACAUCUUUGAAGUGAAGCUAAGUCAGCAAGGAGGUGGCCCUGCAAGAGUAUGGGUUCAAACACUUGAUCGCAAGGAUGGAACCUAUUUGGUUCGUUUUAAACCAUUUUCAACUUACAAAGAUGUUCACAUUUCUAUCUUUCAUGAGGGAAGGCAUGUUGCACAGUCUCCAUAUUUAUUAAGAGGUCAAGUUUACCAUGAAAACUGUUAUUGCCCGGAGGCGUCACUUGAAAAGUGGUACGAAAACAUGAAGUGUCCUGACAGUUAUUCACAGAUAGAAAGUGACUUGUCAGUCUUCAAUAGUGUUGACAUGAGUAAGGUUGUAAAGGAAGCUGUACAGAGAUUCAACCAGGCUGGAACUCAUAGCAUUUGCCAUUAUGCUGUUGUCACCAAUAAAGUGUACCGCACAUGUUAUGGACAACACGUCGGAUUCAAAAUGUUUAUGGACAAUAUCCUUCUAUCACUUACAAGAAAGGUGUUGCUACCUGAUUUCGAGUUGAUUGUCAAUCUCGGUGAUUGGCCAUUGGAAAAACGAGCUGCAACCAACAGUCCGCUUCCUCUGUUCUCAUGGUGUGGGUCCACAGAGACUUCAGACAUCGUCAUGCCAACCUACGAUCUCACGGAGGCUUCCCUAGAGUGCAUGGGCAGGGUGACACUCGACAUGCUCUCUGUGCAAGCCAACACUGGGCCACAGUGGCAAAACAAAACCAGUAAGGCUUUCUGGAGAGGACGAGAUAGUCGGCAAGAGAGACUGGAUCUGGUGACCAUGUCUAGACAACACCCAGAUAAAAUCGAUGCUGCACUUACCAACUUCUUCUUCUUCCGCGACCAGGAGGACGUUUACGGACCAAAAGUUAAACCCGUCUCUUUCUUUGACUUCUUCAAGCACAAGUACCAGGUCAACCUGGACGGCACUGUGGCCGCGUACCGUCUGCCUUACCUGCUGGCUGGAGACAGUCUGGUCCUUAAGCAAAACUCGCAGUACUACGAGUACUUCUACUCCGACCUGCAGCCAAUGGUGCACUACAUUCCAUUCCAACGCGAUCUGCGCGACUUGAUGGAAAAGCUAGACUGGGCUAUCGCACACGACGAUUAUGCUCAAGAGAUUGCGCAGAAUGCACAAGCAUACACUAGGAGCAACCUGAUGCCAGCCGAUGUAUUCUGCUACCACGUAAAACUGUUUCAGGAAUGGUCUAAACGUGUCGCUUCCAAAGCAAAGGUUGCAAAGGGUAUGGACCUUGUACCCCAGAGUUCUGACUCCUGUGACUGUGAUAGACAAGUUAAUAAACAGAACAAAGAUGAACUGUGAGCAACAAAUAUAAGGCAAUACUUGAGAUAUUGAGACUAUAUUUUAUAUAAAAAUUAAACAUUACACAAGAUCAAUUAUAGAAUUUUAUGAUAAAAAUCUAAAACACUAAUGUCGUACAAUGUAAUUGUAUAUGUGCAAAUGAUGUAGAAUAAUACUGAGCUAGUAUAUAUUAUCUCAAGUAUACUAAUAUAAUAUACAAAUGAAGUACAUUAAUAUAUGUGCUUCUGGAAAAACGGAAAAGCACUUCGAAAACACAGCUAUGGUUUUCAUGUGUCAGUGUGUAUGCUCUGUAGUCGAGUAAAAACAAAUUCACCAGAAAAAUCUGAGCAUUUUAUGAACAAAUUGUUGGCAUAAUCAAAAUAGACUAAAUUUUUUAUACAAAAGACAUGUCAUUGCUAAAAUGUUACACCUUCCAAAUCAUGAAAUGUAUCUUUUUAAAAAGCCUCUGCCUAUCAAAUCUCACCAGCAAAAUCCUCUCUUGAUUUCCGUUUUAAAUGUGUACUUUCCGUAGCAACAUUCAUCUUUCUUGCAACAUUUAGUUUUUGAUUUAGAUAAGCAAACGUGUUGUUGAAGGUACAAAGUUCACAACUUUAAAUUCAAUUUUAAGAAUGAGGAUUUUACUCAUUCAUCGUGGUAGAAUGCUUUUCAAUUAACAUUUUUUUUAGUAUUUGGAAGUUGUAAAUUUUUAAUAAUAAUAGAUUUAUGCUCAUAUUGUUUUCUAUCAUUUUUGGUUUCGUACUUUUUAUGAAGAGACAUUUAUAAAUCAAGACAGUUUCACUGAUAUUUUGCGGUUUUCACAGAUAAGACCAGGUAAGAAAGUAAAAAUUUUACUGUAAUAUCCUGCAACCCUUUUCAACAAUAUCACAUAUAAAAUUUUCUCGUAUAUUGAAGUGAUACUGUUACCUUUAUGGCAUUGCUAUUACAUUUGCUAAGCCUGUUUCGAUCCUUACAUUAUUUUAGCUUUAUCACACUGUUUAUCUGCAGCUGCUUUACAUUACUAAACAGCAUUAACACAGAUUAUAUAACUCCUCUUGACCUUAAUAUGUUGUUCUAUACAGUGUUACAACCACCAUGAUUUGCCCAUAGGAAGUAACGUCUGUGCAUUUCUUAGCACUGUGAUAGACUAAGGUGUAAAUGGUGCUUGUAUGAUUUGAUAUCAAGAUAUAUUUUGAGAUUAUAUUGAUAAAAAAUAUGUACUGAUUUACACAAGACUUGCAAAUCGCACCUGAUUCAAUUUCAUAGAAGUGUUAUAGUAAUUAGAUUUGCAUUGGAAGGAUCCACUGUUGUGACACAUGAUAGUAUAGUUGUAUGUUUUGUAAAGCUUACCUUACAACAAUGUACUCAGUUGUGGUAAAGACAUUUUGAGAUGCACAUGUUUGUAAAUGAUUUUUAUAUGCAUUAUUAAAUUUGCAACUGUUUUCAACCAA